AUGCCAUAUAUCGAAGCCUUGACCAAGAGUCGAGAGGAAAAAGGCGCGGGACUGACUACCGGCGCCUCCGACAAGCGCAAGACGGGUGGACAAGUGGAAGCUAGCGAUAUGACCCCAAAAAGGAUGAAGGAUAGUUAUUAUCGCUCAAUACUAUCCCUUGGCCAGGAUCCGUGGCUCUUAGACGAGUACAUCAAUGCAACCGGGCAGAUCAGACUCGGGUCUUUGUUGAUGGACUUGGACGCCCUUGCUGGUGUUGUCAGUUACAGGCAUGCAGGUGACGAUGUGGCACUCGUUACCGCGGCAGUUGACAGAAUCACGAUUGAAAACCCACUCAAAGAGAUCUGUGAUCUGGAAUUGAGUGGUCAAGUUACAUACUCUACAGGCCGAUCGAGUAUGGAAAUAUCGCUGCAGGUUGCUAAGGCGCCUGUCGAGGGUGAGGCGGUAAAGGCUGAGGAUGUUCUGAUUACUUGUGCCUUUACCAUGGUUGCCUUAGACCCAAAGACUAGAAAGCCAGCUUCUGUUGCGCCGCUCCUGGUGGAAACGGCGGAGGAGCGUCGAUUGUUCGAGAACGGAGAACGCAAUUAUAACGCCAAAAAAGAUUUGAGGAAACGGAGCUUGAAGGUGCAGACGCCAAAUGAUGAGGAAAGUGAUCUCAUCCAUGCGAUGUGGACUAAGAGAGCGGGGCGCGCGGUACCACCUGAAUUAUCCGGAGUUUCAGCUACGAAUAUGAAAGAUACAAUGCUCUCAUCUGCCCAAAUCAUGCAGCCAUAUGACAGAAACCGACAUAACUUCAUGAUAUUCGGAGGUUAUCUUCUAAAGCAAACAUUUGAGCUUGCUUAUUGCUGCGCUGCGUCCUUCUCGCGCAGUCGACCUACUUUCCUAUGCCUUGAACCAAGCACCUUUGACAAUCCGGUUCCAGUCGGCUGUGUUUCAUACCUCAAUGCUGUCGUUUCAUACACCCAAGACUCUCCUUCGACAUCCACCUCCGGCCAGAAGUUCACCAGGGUUCAAGUUCGAGUUGACACCACCGCCAGGAACAUCGAUUAUGGAACCACUAAUCCUACAGGCACGUUCAACUAUACAUUUUUGGUCGAAGGACAGCAUGAAGUCUGGCCACAGACUUAUGAUGAAUUCAUGAUUUGGGUGGAAGCGAGAAGGAAUGUGGAGAAUAUGAAUGAUAGGCUGUCCUCACCGGAUAACGUGGCCAGCACCUAUAAAGAGGGAGCUAUAGAAUAA